AAGGAAGGAGUCCUGGACUGGAAUUUUUACCGUGCUGAAACACCCUUUUGCAUUGAGUAUGAUUUUCACUUGUUUCUUGGCAGGAGUCGCAGAAUGGCAACGGGUAGAUAUCCUGGCGGGACUUUUGUUCAAACGAUCCAACACAGGAAGGAAAAAAAAACUGAAACAGGAAGAGGCAGAAAGCAAAAACAUGUACAGCAAGCCAGCUUCCUUUGUUUCAGCUCACCCCUUUCAGCCAUCAGACUCCACUUUUUCCUCGUCUUUGGCUCCUUCCUUUUUCCUCUCUCUUUGCCCAUUUUUGCAUCGGAAUUGUUAAGAUCAGGACAGCAGAAAGUACAGGACACAAAUGUGGAUUAAUGGUCGAAUCAUUCAGGAAUGUGCGUGUCAUGUGUGCCUGAACGUAUCACGUAUGGGCCGGGCCCUGUGAAUUCUGAACUCUCGUGCCGCCAGGGGCUUUCGAAAACUCAAUGGAUACAUGCAGACAUAGGCUUCAGUUCAGACCACGCCUGUCUCCCCCGGCCGUGCCGCCGUCCUCCGAUGUUGCUUUUAAAUCGCCCUCGCUCGUCUCCGCCUAGUGCUAGCAAGAUCGCACACACAGUAACACACCUCACUCUGCAUAGGCUGACAGCUAGAAGCCAUGAGAUGGGGAAGCAGCAGGAAGCGGCAUGGAUUAACGGAACUCGCAACAGAGCAAGGAGGAGAGACCUGCGAGCGCGAGGGCAAAGGCAAAGGCAAAGGCAAGGCAUCGUUCCCCUCUUUGUCUCCGCUCUCGUGGCUCGUCGCCAAGCUCGCGGGGGGGAAGCCCAGAGCGGCCGCCAUGGCUGGCGGAGGCGCCGCUCCAGCAGUCCCGUCGACGUGCCCGGCCACGACGGCGAUCACCCCGGGCUUGCCAAGAUCGCAGCGCCGCUCUCCCGCCGCCGGCGUCGAUGUCGUCCCGCGGAGGCUCUCUGUUGGCAACGACAGCGCGGCCUCCGCGGCCGUGCGUCACCGGCAUCGCGUUCGCCGGCGUCGCCACUGCUCCGUCGGCGGCGAGCGUGACCCGAGCCAGCCGCUCGGCCAGCUCAUCGCCUUCUCCGUCGCCGGCACCCCGCCGCCGCCGUCGGGCACGGGCACCGGGAAGCGGCGGCGGCGCCUUAGCGGCCGCCGGUCGUCGUUCUCGGGACGGGCAAUGCCGCUGAUCAGGGUGAGGGUGCGGCGGGCGGCGGAGCUUGAGAGCCUGGCGGUGGUGCGGCGGACGCGGGACCCGCAGCGGGCGUUCAGGGAGUCCAUGUCGGAGAUGAUCGUCGUCACCGGCGCCGGUGGCGCGCGGCCGGAGGAGCUGCUGGCGUGCUACCUCGCGCUGAACGCAGACGAGCACCACGGUUGCAUCGUCAAGGUCUUCCGCCAGGUCUGGUUCGACCACGUCAGCAACAACCUGCUAACUGCUGCUGCUGCUUCCCCGAAAGGCGCCCGGAGUGCGAUCCAACCUGCUAGCAUACUUAACCGGUGGGGCAGCGCUCAGUGGUGAAUUAGUCGCGUUAAUCUCUGGUUAAUGCACCCGCAUUAUAGGUGCUGGAGUGUUUGUCGGUGUAGUUGUCUAUGUGGCAAGUGCGUUUACGGUGAGGUGACGUAAGCCUUCUUUUAGCGAUGCCGCAUACGAUAACAUCUGAUGUGGAA